CCGAAACCUUCCUUUAACGCAAAACUGCGCGCGUCGCCUUCAGUACACCUGUCAUGGGCAGCCAGGGAAGACAGAGCAGCGUCCGCUCGACAAUGUCUGAUCAACACGAAGCUCCAGCAAAAGCGAACGGGAAGAAGAGUAAAGAGCAAAAAGAUCACCAAACUAAUGACAGAGAGGAGAAAUAUCGGGAACGCGCCAAGGACGAGGGCGCAUCAAAAAGGGAAGGCAAAAAGCGACAGAGUAAAAAGGAGAAAGAUCCUCGUGAUUAUGAAAGUGAGGACAAACCUCGUGAAACCCCGACACCAAAGCAUAGUGGAGGCACCGGAAGCAUCAAUCGACAGAGUAAAAAGUUUCUGGAGAUCUCUGAGAGCAAGUCCGAAGAAAACCCCAGAGCGGUAUAUAGAAGAUCCUCUGUUCCUAAUAAAGCAAACAAUGCUGGCGAGAAAGACAGACGAGACAGUGCAAAAAGCAAACCUCAGCAGACUGACAAGAGCGAGUCCGGUGAAAAAACGGCACCAAAACCGCAGAGCUCCGAAGGCAAAUCACAAGAAAAAUCCGUAGCAAAACCAAGAAAGCGGCAUGAAUUGGCUGCUGAAAGAGACUUUUCUGACCCGAGCCUCACACAGGACGCGCGCAGCUCUGACCGCAAAAAGAAAAGCGCAACAAAAACAACUGCAACGACAGAACCAAGCGUCGAUGACACACUGGGAAAGGUUCUUAAAGCAACUAUUGAGAAGUUAAAGAUCAAGAAGUUCGAGCGAUCCAAUGCAUCCAGUUGUGUUAAUGACAUCACGGAUAAAGUCAUUGCACACCUUAAACAAAACACCACCUGGUGUACAGAUAUCGAGCGUUUAGGAACGGGAAGUUAUUAUGAAAAUCUUAAAAUUUGUGAACCCGAUGAAUUUGAUGUUAUGCUGACUGUUGCUGUGGAGAGAGUGGAUUUAGACCAGUUCGAUGAGGCUGGCGCAUUUUACAGUGUUGCACUGAAACGACAUCCAAGUAGACAUCCUCUGGACAUCUUCCUAAACGAAGACAAGACCAUUCAGGCCAGCAAAAUGCUGAGUGAAUUCAGAGAUGCCGUAAAGGAAGCUGUGGAGAAACAAGACAACAUUGAGAUACAGCGAAAGAAGGCAAGGUGCCCUGCAGUGACACUGGAAGUAACAGAAAACGGAAAGAAAAUUUCCAUUGACUUCGUUCUUGGUCUGAAGGUUCACCGUGCAAGCUGGCCAGAGUUUACAAAAGAUGGCUUUAAAAUAGACAACUGGCUUGGUAAAAAGGAAAAAGCUGAUAUGAAGCGUGAACCAUUCUACCUGGUGCCUAAAUAUGUGGGAAAAGGAGAUGCAGAGCAUGAUGGAGUUGUUGCAAAAGAUGCAUGGCGAAUCUCUUUUUCACAUGUUGAAAAAGAAAUUCUGCAAAGACACGGCAACUCCAAGACAUGCUGCGAGACCGUUAGAGAGAAAUGUUGCCGGAAGGAGUGUCUAAAGCUUCUGAAGUAUCUUCUUCAACAGCUCAAAGAAGACGACUCCAAAUCCAAUAAAAUGUCCAACUUCUGCUCCUAUCAUGCAAAGACCACCCUGCUCCACGCUUGUGCUAAAAGGGGAAGUGACCGCGAGUGGGCAUAUAGUCAGCUGGCUGACUGCUUCCAGCAGCUUUUGGAAGACUUUGUCAAACACCUAAGAAAUCGUCGUCUCCCUAACUUUUUCAUUCCAUCCCAUAACCUCCUACAUCAAGCCACUCCGAGUAGCUGUGAUUUCCUGGCCAAAGAAAUUGAUAUUCAACGCAAUAAUAACUUUCCUAUAUUCAGUUAAUUCUGAUUUUCUUUUAGUUGCACUUUUUUAUGAUUUGUUUUUUUUUCCUCUUGAUGGUCAUCUGUAGUUUAAUUCAAUAAACAUCUUUCAAAUAGA